AUGGGUGAUAAAUUUAGCCGAAGCUCUGGCAGACAGACAGAGAAAGAGAAAGAGAGAGAGAGAAAGAGAGAGAGCGAGAGCGAGAGUUUCGAGACCAGAACUUCUUCUUUUGCCUUCCCCACCGCCCGCACAUAUACUCUACACUCAUACACUUUCCAGGAUUGUCAAAUUCACUCCAGUCAGGUCGAUUGUGUCGCAAAGAAUAAAGAGCCCAGGGCACUCACAUAUACAGCAGCAUAACCCCCUUCCAAAAAUAUAACACCAGUAAUAUCAGCAACAGCAGCAUGAUGGAUCUUACACAAGAUAUCAAGAUCACUUGUCAGAAUAGCAUCAUGAAAGGUGCCGGAGCUCACACGGUGGACGGUCAUCCGAUGCGUAACUGGAAGAUCAAACUCGUUGCAGUGGAUGGUGGCAAGGAAAAAAAGGGACGACUUACCGAAUUGCUUGAUCAUGUUGAAUACAUUUUGCAUCCAACUUUCAAAGAUCCUCGAAGAGUGGUCACCAAAGAGCCAUAUCUUUUACAGGAAAAGGGCUGGGGCGAGUUCGAUAUGCGGAUCGUGUUGUAUUUCGCCAAUAAUAUUGCCAACACGGAGCUGUUAUCGUUCGACCUUAAUUUCAGACAAGCUCAGUAUUCCGUCGUUAAAACACUGGUGUUCCAAAGUCCUUCAACGGAGCUAGUCAAUAUUUUGAACCGUGACCCAGCACCUUUACCGCCUGCCAAAAAGCGACGAAGUAACUCGACUGAAAAGGCACGAAAGACAACAAAACCACCUGCAUCUCCUAAAGCUUCUAUUAACACUUCUACCACCAAUACCGCCAGAGAACUUGAUUCCAUGUCGGGUGCAUCAUUAUCACCUUCGACACCACAUUUUACGCAACAACCCGCCGGCUAUUCAUCCGCCUAUUCAGCAUCACCCCAGCCACACUCAUUCGCAUCACCGAACGGCGUUAUCAACAGUCCUUAUGAUUAUACCCAAAAUAUUAAGACGCCACAGGCAGCAUCAGAGCACGACAUGCAUAAUAACAGCAACAAUAACUAUCUAUCUGAUCUAAGUGACGACACGCGCAGGCCGGCCUCGCAUCAUCAACAACAUCAAUUAGCGACGGGAACAGGAACAGGAGCAGGAGGUGCAGGAAGUGCACGGAAGGGGCCAAGACAACAACGUUCAGAUUCAUCGGGUUCAAGUUACGAUGGCGACGAUCGAACCAUUAAACGACGGAAAGCAGGUCAAAAGCAAAAUGGACACCGAGGACAUCGCUCUUCGUCUUCUUCAGAUACCAAUGGUGACGAUCCUGAUCGAGGAGGAGGAAACAAUGUCAAGGAGGACGACGACGACCAACGGAUUGUGGAUGAUGUAUAUACCGAGAGCGACCUGAAUCAUGUCCAUGCGAUUCAUGGCUCGGCACUGACGUCUAGACUACGGGCUGCGUGGGGAAUUCCAGAGAAUGUAAAUAUGCUGGAGCUUGCACGGAAAAUCAGUAGUUUGGAAGGUGACAAACUGGCUGAGGUCCGGAAUAUUGUUGAUCGAUUCAAGACCGAACGGAUGGGGAUUCAAAUUGAAAACGACGAAGUGGUAGUGGAUCUGUAUUCUUUAGGGCCCGAUAUCUUAACACGAUUGUGGGACUUCACUCAUUCAAAAGAAUAAAAACAAUGCAUUGAUCUACUUGGUACAUGAAGCCAUCUUCCUAUCUCAUCACUUUCUUUGUACCACCAUCCAUCAUCAGAAAAUGCGAGUUUAAAAAAGGUUUGCAUGACACACACCACACGGACAAUUUAUGUACAUGAUCUCAACGUAGCUUAGCUUUUGCAUAUAUCACCACAGUCACUUUGUAAUAUGUUUCUUUCCUUACUUGAAUUAAAAAAAGUUCUCCAAAGGAAUUCUGAUUAAGACAAGCUAUGUGCUAUAUAUCGCUCGCAUUGCG